AUGCUCGCACAAGUGGGUGGAGGGUCCGAAUUGAGUCCUCUGGAGAAGGCCGCGAUGCACGUCGAUGAGUGCCAACAGGCGAAUUUCUCGCAAACCGGAAGGAGCCCCUCCCCGAUCAUCGCCAUGAGCGACCUCGACAGAGCCAUCGCGCAAUUGCGCGCCUGCCGUCCGAUUCCCGAAGCGCAAGUCCGAGAGCUCUGCCACAAGGCACGCGAACUGCUCAUUGAGGAAGGCAAUGUCGUCACAGUUACAGCUCCUGUAACGAUAUGCGGUGAUAUACACGGCCAAUUCCACGACUUGAUGGAGCUUUUCCGUGUCGGCGGUGACGUGCCCGACACAAACUACCUCUUCAUGGGCGACUUCGUCGAUCGUGGCUUCUACUCUCUCGAAUCAUUCCUCCUUCUUCUCUGUCUCAAAGUCCGCUAUCCCGACCGCAUGACCCUCAUCCGAGGCAACCACGAGUCCCGCCAAAUUACCACCGUGUACGGCUUCUACGACGAGUGCCUGCGCAAAUACGGAUCAGCAAACGUAUGGCGCUACUGCUGCGACGUCUUCGACUAUCUCGCACUGGGCGCCAUCGUCCUCGGCGCAUCACAUACCUUUAAUUCCAGCCCCGGCCAAGAGCCCAUCGACGACGAGGUCGAGAUCGAGGUCUGCGACCAGAGCGGCCAGACCAUGAGCCGCUUCCCCCGCCAGAGGCGACCUCAGAGACAGCCGACCCCCGGCAGCCCGAAUGGUGCACCUUCAUCUUCCGGCGGCGACAAGACCGGCCCCCCUGGCACCGGCGCGUCAGGGAGCUCAUCGGGUUCCCUCGGCAACCCAGCAGGUGCCAUUCUUUGCGUUCACGGAGGUCUCUCUCCGCUGAUCGACAGCGUCGACAAGAUCAGGCUCCUAGACAGGAAACAAGAGGUUCCGCACGAAGGAGCCAUGUGCGACCUCCUCUGGUCCGAUCCGGACGACAUUGACGGCUGGGGUCUCUCGCCACGUGGCGCAGGAUUCUUGUUCGGUGCAGAUAUAGUGCGCGACUUCAACCACAAGAACGACCUAUCGCUCAUCGCUCGUGCCCAUCAGCUGGUCAUGGAGGGAUUCAAAGAGAUGUUUGACGCGAGCAUCGUUACCGUUUGGUCGGCGCCCAAUUACUGCUACCGAUGCGGUAACGUGGCGGCAAUCCUCGAACUCGCCGAGGACGAUUCUGGAACCGGCGUCUUUGCGCGCAGCAACGGCGACGUGGGCCGUAGCGACGGCGGUAUAAAGGGCACCGACGACUACGUGCUCCUGCCCGGGCCGGCGAGGAGGUACCGGGUGUUCCAGGCUGCACCGCAAGACUCCAGAGGAAUGCCGGCCAAGAAGCCCGUCGCCGACUAUUUCCUGUAG